AGGAUACGGAGACCCGUGUGCAUAUCCUCGAUCGUGACGUAGAUCGAUAUGGGCGAUGCUGGUGAAAUUCGUCUGCAGAUCGCAGGAGGCGAAGAAAAAGCUCGAGGAGUAGCUGGCAAUGGCACGUCCGCGGCAACCGCGGCGCCGCCGACGAUGUCGGAACGCGUACAUUGGUGGGCGGUGGUGCUCGUCAACAUCGUGUUCGUCCUCUCCGGGCAGACCGUCGCGAGCUUCCUUGGCAGGAUCUACUACGACCAGGGGGGCGGCAGCUUGUGGAUGGCCACGGUGGUUCAGUCCUGCGGCACGCCGCUGGCCAUCCCGCUGCUCCUCUACUUCCGGCGCCGCCCUAGGUCCACCGCGGUGACGCGGCCGCCGCUCCUCAAGAUCUCGGCCAUCUACGCCGGCCUGGGGGUCCUCCUUGCCGGCGAUAACCUGAUGUACUCCUACGCGCUCCUCUACCUGCCGCUCUCGACCUACUCGCUCAUCUGCGCGACGCAGCUCUCCUUCAACGCCGUCUUCUCCUACUUCCUUAACAAGGAGAAGUUCACCGCGCUCAUCCUCAACUCCGUCGUGCUGCUCACCUUCUCCGCGGCGCUCGUCGGCGUGAGCCACGGCUCGGACGGGACCAACAGCAGCGUCCCGGCGGGAAAGUUCCCGCUGGGGUUCGCGCUGACGCUGUCGGCGUCAGCGCUCUUCUCGCUGAUCCUGUCCCUGAUGCAGCUCACCUUCGACAAGGUGCUCAAGAGCGACACCUUCUACGACGUGAUGGAGAUGCAAUUCUGGAGCAACACCGCCGCGGCCGUGGUGUCGGUGGCCGGGCUGUUCAUCUCCGGUGAGUGGAGCACCCUGGGCGGCGAGAUGGACGGGUACAAGAAGGGCAAGGUGGCCUACGGGAUGACGCUGGCGUGGACGGCCAUAUCGUGGCAGCUGACCACCGUGGGCAUGAUGGGGCUCGUUGCGGCGGUGUCGUCCCUCUUCACCAACGUGAUCAGCACCGUGGGGUUGCCGCUGUCGCCCAUCGUGGCCGUGAUCUUCUUCGGCGACCGGAUGGACGGGGUGAAGGUGCUGGCUAUGCUCUUAGGGGUAUGGGGUUUCUUCUCCUACAUGUACCAGCACUACCUUGAUGAUGCCAAGGCUAAGAAGAUACUAGCUGAGCGAUUAGCCGACGACGACGAACAACAGACCGUAAAACUCAAUACAGAGUGAAUGAAUUAUGCAGGAGUUAGACUGUGCUCUUCCCGUUCUAAAAAAACAUUUUUCCUUUCUGUGUGGAUUUUACUCAAAUCGUGUUGCACUACUCUCUCCCUAA